AUGAGCCGCACCGCGUCUGAACGGCUCGUGAAUCUGCUGAACCAGUUUCUGGAAGCUCAGCAGGAAUGCUGCGAUGCCAAAGGCGACAAGCUCUUCGAGAUUCCUGAAGCCCUUAGGGCACAGCUGUGCCCCAUGUUCCAUAGAGUGUCAUGGUGGCGGAUCGAUGAGCUGCUGAAGCAAUCCGAGCUUGACUUUGUAAAUGUGAUUAUCAGCGGGCGGGGCUCCAAGCGCAUGGACGCUCUGCCCGUGCUCGUGAAUGCCCAUCUGGACAUGCUGCGGCGGCUGCAAAAGUUCACGGCCGAACAGGUGUUCCAGCAGUGCAUCCUGAGGGAGCAGGCCCUCCUCUGCGUGCCCAAGAAGAGGUGGAGCGAGCUCGAAUGUGGGGAGCUGGAGCCCUGCAUCCAAGGCUUUGACGGCCUUCACAUCCUUUCCUACAACCUCAACAUUCUGCCUUUCGGUGUGGCUUCUCUUCGAGGCCAUGAAAGCCUCCACAGCAGCGGCCGGCUUCAGCUUUUUCUCGCGAAGGUCAAGGACGACCUAGAGGCGAGGCUUGUAUCCUUGCCCUGCCAGGGGGAGCGCUUCCGUGCACCCGACAUCAUCGCCGUGCAGGAACUCUUCGCCUCGCCUUUCGUCCCAUGCUUCUGCGCGCAGUCGUCCGCAGUGCGAACCAUGGCUUCUAUGGGCUACCAUGCUGUCAUUGGACCAAAGCCAACGGUUCUGGACCUACUCCGGCGAGGUAAGUGGACUGACAGCGGCCUCGUGAUCUUCAGCCGGCUGCCCAUUGCGGAGACGCGGUCAAUUCGCUUCGAGUCUGGGGCGGCCUUAGACGCCGGGGCGUGCAAAGGCGCCAUGUGGGCCCGAGUUGAGCUUGCAUCUGGAAGGUACUUGGAUGUGUUCAAUUGCCAUCUCCAGGCCUCACACACGGGCGCUGACGGCGAGGUCUUCGACCGAAUCCGUCGGUCCCAGCUGAAGGAGUUGCGCGAGUUCAUUGAGCUUGCGGGCACAGAGCAUCCUUAUGCCACUAGCCUCGGAGAGGUCCUUACAGGGGACUUCAACGUCGACGCCAUCCCGGAGCCCUCAGACCCCAUGGGCACCUAUGGCAUUCCCUUCCGACCGCCUCGCCAGGAGUCGGAGGACUACCAGCGCCUCGUGUAUGCCCUGGACCCUCGCGGACGGCUUGUUGACUUGCUCUGCGGGCCCACGCCGUCAGAUCCGCUUGGGAAGGAGUCGCCGGGCCGGCGCCACCCAUGCACCCGCCCGCCGCGGCUGCGCAUGCCCUCCUCGGCAGGCUACGUGGCGAGGCACAAGUACCCGCAAAGACUGGACUACGUCUUCUACAGGCCCACAGUCACAUCGCUGGUGGAGCAUAAGGAGUCGGAAGUCGAGCCAUUUGAAGUCACUGGCCAGCCCUUUGAAUAUCUCAGCGACCACUUCGGCAUCCGAGCGCACUUCCGGUUCCGCUGCAGCUUUGCGUGGGCUCGGGAGCCCCCAAAGUCCAAGCCCAAGGAGCCCUCGCUGCUGCGGAGGACCCUAGACGCCCUGGAGGAGAAAUGGUUUGAGGGAUCUCUUCUCCUUGGAAUGCUGCCUGCAGUUUACCUGCAGCUGCGAAAGGCCGAUCUUUUAUUGCGCGUUUUCCAGCAGUCUUUUUGCAGACUGGGUGUCCCUCCCGUACUUCAGCCCGCUCUGGUAAAGUAUGGCUUCCCCACAGCCUGUGCUGGUGGCUGCGGGCUCUUGCUGCUUUGGAAUAGAUGGCGAUUGCACGAGGAGGCCCGGCCGCCCAUCGAGAGGACAGUGUCGAUGACUGCGGAGCUCGCCAGCUCGGCUUUCCGGAGGAGGCUGCAGGCCCAGUCGGAGCGUCCGGCCAAAACCGUGGCCUCCAGCCCAUAUGACAGCUUCAAUGGCUCCGUUGAAUCCUACAGGCUGAGGCCCUGCAUUGGCCGCCGAACACUGAACUCGGACGGAACACUGGGAGAGUACACCUGGCUGAGCUACGGCGACGCCCAGUUCGAGAUCCUGCGGAUUUCCUCUGGCUUACACAGGAAGUUCGGCUUGAAACGCAACGCGCAGGUUGGUUUGCUGGGUGACGCCUCGGCGGACUGGCUUCUGUGUGACCUGGCACUCAUGCGCCUGGGCGCUAACACGGUCUGCCUGGCGGCACCCGCGUCGAAUCCCAUCAGCGGUAACACUGUGCCCGUUCCCAGCAGCGUUCAGGACUUGGAGCUCCUCCUGUGCUCUUCGGAUUGGGUGGAGUACUUUGUUACCUCGCGCCGCGCAGAGGAAUUGCCCCGUUGCCCCAUUGUCACCUUCACGCCCCUCACGGCCCGGCUAGCUGCCAUGGCACAGCACAGGAACCUCCGUGUCUGGGACUUGCCCUUCAUUGCCAACUUUGGCGAGGUUGCCGGAUGGGUGCCCUAUGUAGGCGUUGGCGGUUUUGACGUCAUGACAACCAUGUACCGCUCGCGUUCGGGAACGAAGAGCGAGCUGGCUGGGGUAUCCGUGAGCCUGCGGGGCCUGGCGAUCUGCGCUCACUCCAUCCGCCAGGCCUUGGGUCUGCGCAACGACAACAG